CAGACACACACUCAGACACACACUCAGACACAGACACAGACACGCAUCCGUGUGCAGGAUGUUCAUAUGUGCUUCGCGGAAAAAAAAAGUUGUUACACAUAUUUUCAAAACACUUUGAAAUCGCCUUGAAUGUAUAGUGGACGAAACGGAAGCUGUAACUUGGAGCUUGUGAGAACACUAGUAAAAAUAAUUAUCUAAAAACGGAAAAAUCCUGGAUGUCUGAGAGAGAUAAAAAUGGAGUCUCACAUGACUAAAUUACUUAUAUAUUGGAGACUUAUAUGACUACAUUACGUUGAAAUUUGUGUGUACUUUUGGAAGGGAUAGAAGUGUAAUACAGCUAAAUACAUGUACACAUAAUCUCAUUGAUGUUAUGGCGAAAAUUCUUCUGACAGAUUAGAAAUGCAGGACUCAUCAACGGACAAUAUCUCAUCUAGAUCUACCUCUACAUCGUCAUCAGGAGAGAAUGACUUUGAAAGAGCCGUGUUCAAAUCUCAGCACAGCAUAGAAGCGAAGAAGCUAAUAGAGUACAACAACUCCCUGAAACUAAACAUUGAAGAUUUGUUCGUAGCACACAUUGAUGCGUCCAUUUUGCUUCAGGUCAUUAAAAAACAAAGCAAAAGUGUUUUGACUGCUUCUGAAAUCGAUAGAAUCAAACAUACUUAUGAUGUGAAAGGGAAAUUAGAAGCUGCCAAGGAGCUGCUGGAGCUGUUACCGAAAUAUGAGAACUGGUUUCAAACUUUACUCAAAUGUUUGAAAAACAGAGAUUUGAAUCUGACAUUUUUGAUUGAACACUUCAAAAAAAUUAACGAUGAUGUCCAUACUAAAGUUUAUUCAGAGAAGAACAGCACAAAGGACAAGUCUAACAGCUCUUCAGUGAGUGCAAAAGGAAAAAAACGCUGCUUGAAAAACCUACUGUGUAUACAAAAGCCAGAAAUACCACCAACGGAGGACAAGAUGGUCACGUACUUGAAAACAAGCUUGGAACAUGACGAUGCAAAGACAUCAAAGACUUUGGAGACGCAAACGGACGAGCCUUUACCUGACAACUGCCCAUGUCAAGUAGAGUUCAUUCUAAAAGAUUUAAAUUCACUUUUGGACCCUUCGAGAAAAAAGAACCCUGGUCAUAUUUGUAACCAAUUGAAUCUGCUUCUCGGCUUAAUAAAGCCUUACAGAUAUUGUUUUAAAAUGCUGGAAACUAAAGUUCUGAAAUAUGAUUUAUCAGGUUUAUUUUCAAGUGUUUGUAAAAUGAAUGUCUUUCUGCAAAUGAAUAUGUCUUUUGGCAUUCAAAUUAAACAAACAACUUCAGAAAUAUUUGUUUAUUUCAUUACUUCCAGCAAUCUAAUCUGUCAGAAAUUAUUAGAGACAGACGAAUUCUUGGACCGAAUCGAAACGGAAAUGGAUGGCUUGCUGAUACAUUUGACAUUGGAAGAUGAUUCAGAUGAAGAUUUAAGAGCUGCAUUGGUGGAAAUUAAAAGAAACAUGAUGCAUCUACUGUUGGCAGUAAUCAGACAUAAGACAUGCGAGAAAAAAAGAUUUUUGGGGGAAAACUGGAGAAAGAUAAUCGAGACGCUAUUCUCUGAUGAUGACCACUUCGUAGCGGACAUGUCCUUGAUAGUAAUGUCCUACAUUUUCGAAGGACUUCAGAUGAUCAAAAUACUAGCAGCUAACGAUUUAAGUCCAGAAAAAGCUUUCGAAGACUUGCUAUUGAACUUGAGAAGCUAUGCUAAGUACAGCAUUCCGAGCAGCAAGAUGAAACUCGAAGUCUUCGCCUACAUUGAAGGAUUGGCACAGUUGGCAACAUUAGAAAAAUUUGAAAACAAGAUAUUGACAGCUGACACCAUUGAUGCUCUACAUUCCAUUGUCCAACGUCUACAAGAUCAAAAAAUAGACAGAACUUAUCUCAGUCUAAGUACAAAAGUAAAAGCUUCACAAACAAAAGACAUUCCCUGUGUAUCUUUGAAUCGAGAAACAUCUGAUGUGACUAGGUUUGUUGACAAUGAUACAGAUGUAAAAAAUGUCUUCAAAACUUCGGACUACAUAAAUUUUAAAUCUCCAACCUUUGAAUCACUGAGCUCGUCGGGAGACUUCGCUUCUAAUUGGUGCGCAUUCGGCCGUGGCUUUGAUUAUGCUUUAACUAGUCAUAAUGGGUGCUAUGACGUGGCUCAAGAUUCUACACUUGCAGACAGCGGAAUCGACAGGGAAACCCUGAUUUUACAAGAAAGCACAAAGAGUUAUACGUCCAACCUGUCAGUACAAUUAUCUUUAGAUCCAGAUCAAAGCACUAAACAGGAACCUUGUUCAAAGUUGCAGGACCUUGAAACUGACAGACAAGCGAUUGAACUUAAGGGCAUUAUCGGACAAGGGAAUUUCGCUACAGUAUGGAAAGGUGUCAAAGAUAAGACAUUAGAAGUGGCCGUCAAAAUAAUUGAUUCUUCCAUGUCUUUGCCUUGCUCAUACAUGCAUGAGGUCAAUAUCAUGAGCAGACUAAAACACCCAAACAUAAUUCAGCUACUUAACGUGGUCACAAUUUCAAAUCCAGUCUUCAUUGUCCUGGAAUAUAUGUCCAAAGGAGAUUUAAAAACAUUUCUUCAAAGUUCUGAGUCGAAAAGUUUACUAUACAAAGACUUUGUCCACAUGGAUCUACAGGUUACUGAGGGUAUGCUGCACUUGGAACAAAUGGAAAUAGUACAUAGAGACCUUAGAGCCCAAAAUGUAUUAGUUGGAGAGAACAUGGAAAUAAAAAUUUCGGAUUUUGGAAUCGCCCUUGAUUUAAGAAAAGAAAGUAAAUUAUAUAAUGAUCUCAGCGAUUCGUCGUUUCCUAUCAAAUGGACAUCGCCAGAGGCAGCGAUCAAAAGAAAAUUCAGUUCUAAGUCUGACGUUUGGUCCUUUGGUGCUUUUAUGUAUGAGAUUAUUACGCGGGGUCAAGAUCCCUAUGGAGAUCUGCCAAACGAUUCUAUUCUGAAAAUGUUGAAAGAAGGUAAAUCUAAGAUUCUUCCAAGAGUGAAACCAUCAGACAUUCCGAAACAGUACUGGAAUAUGAUGCAAAAAUGCUGUCGACAAGACCCAGACAAAAGGCCAAGCUUUAAAACCCUGAACACAUUUUUCACGUCGAUUUUAGAAUAAUUUUUAAAGAUUUCUUCUAUUCAAUAGUACUCUUUACAUUCCUGUCAUAAUCACUAUAACGAUAAAGGUUACAAUACUAUUAACCAAUUAGAACCUUGUACAAUAAAAAAAAACAAAAAACUAAAGUACUAUGUAAGUUGUCAAUUCAGUUGUCUUUUGUUAUCUUUAAAGCAGUAAACUAAUUGUUUAGAUUUAGACGCACUUAACAAUUUUUUUUUUAUAAAUACAGAAUAAUUAAAGAUGUGAAAAUGCAAAUGUAUGUAAAAGUAUUAAUUUUUUUUUUAUUUCUGCUCUAAACUUAAUCGCCUUUUUGUUUACACUUUAAAGAUCACAUUUAUGUUUUUUUUUGUUUUUACUUGUAUGUACUACUUAAGAAUAAUACAUGUAUAUACUUGUUAUUUGGGAUGGCAAUUUUUCCCCUUCCCUAACAACAAUUCUUUUUUAUUACAUUGCAAAAAAAAAUAAAAAAAAUUGACAUAUCAAAUGACCUAGUUCGUUGCUGUUAUUGGAGCUUUCUGCAUGAAAGUCUUUCUAAUAAUUUUAUGAACAUUAUACUUUUAAAUUCAUGAGUUUGGCAUAAUAAUAUUUUUGAAGAAUUUUUUAAAUGUUAUAAACGUUUAAAUUAUGUAAAUAAUGUAUGUAUAUAAAAAGUAAUGUUUUUAUUUCAUUUUUUUUUUAUACUUUAGACUGCUACUAUCUGAUGUAGGAUAUUGUAAUGGAUAGCAGGCAAACAUUGAAAUACUCUGUAAUAUGAUGGGAAUUAUAAUUAAUCUUUAGAAUGAUAGACCGUAAAGAUCUAUUCAUUCUUAAUUACAUAAUAUAAUGUACAUAUUGGGAAUUAAAAGACAUUUCUGUACAAUUCUAUAUUUUAAUUAGAAGAAUUUUUUUCAUAAUUAAAUAAAUUAUACCAACGCCAUAGGCAUUACGUCAAGUCUGUAAGCAUUAUGUCAAGACUUAAAGUAUUAUGUUAAGACUGUAAGCAUUAUGUCAAGACUUAAAGUAUUAUGUCAAGACUAAAAGCAUUAUGUCAAGACUUAAAGUAUUAUGUCAAGACUAAACGUAUUAUGUCGAGAUUAUAAGCAUUGUUGUGCUCAAACCAACACUAUCUAAUCGCAUUCGUGUCCGCACAGCAGCUUAGCUACCCUUUUGGUUCCGAGAUUACUACUUACAAUACUUUCUUAUUUCUUGUCCUAACAGCACCUUGUCCAGAUUGUAAGCAUGUUGACACUGUUUAUUAAAAGCCUGAUGUCAAGAGCGUACACAUUAUGACAGUGUAAGUCUAAGCUUGAAAGACAAUACAGCACGCUCUGGUAAUCUUGUUUGCAUUCCAUAUAUCAUUUUUUGUAGUCUGAAAAUACGUAAAUAAGUAGUGUGUAAGUGAGUGAAUUUAAAUGUCUGUGAGGCUAAGGUCAAUUAUUGUGAACCUUUAAAAUAUGAGACUAGAAAAGAAGUGAGAUCAAAUAUUGUAUUGUACACAAACUUUUUGUUCACUUGUAAAAAAACAUAUCAAAACACGAUUUCCGUUAUACAACAAUUUCUGUUAUACAACGUUAUCUGAAAAUGUUGACCUUUUCAUUAAAACGUUUAGCCUCUA